AUGCAGCUGCAGCCUGCAAAUACAGGUAGCGAUCUAAUAUGGACGCAAUGUCAGCCGUGUCAAGCUUGCUACGAGACCAAAUAUGCCCUCUUCGACUCGAGAAAUUCCUCGACUUAUAGAAACAUUACUUGUUCUGCAAGGGAGUGUAGACUUCUUGGAGAUGCCAGACCACCAAACUAUUCACCAAACAUUUGUAGAAAAUUUCCUGAAGGAAAUUGUGAUUAUCGUGUCACGUAUGCAGACAAGGCAUCCUCUACAGGCGUAUUGGCAAAAGAAACAAUUACCUUGACAUCCAAAACAGGUAAAGUUGUAACUCUAAAAGAUAUUGUCUUUGGGUGUGGGUUUUUGAAUGAUGCUGGUCCUGUUGGUGCAACUGGAAAUCAAAUGGGAGUGAUUGGGCUUGGAAAGGGGCCCUUGUCAUUUGUUUCUCAAAUUGCUCCCCAUGUUGGAGGGAAGAGAUUUUCUUAUUGCUUGGUGCCCCUAGAUACUGAUCCCUCAACUAAAAGCCAGAUCAAUUUUGGGAAUGGGAGUGAAGUUUUGGGUGAAGGGGUGGUCUCAACACCAUUGGUUGAUAUAGAAGGAGAAUCUUAUGUUGUGGCGGUAGAAGGAAUUACCAUCGGAAAUGAAUUUGUUCCGUUCAACUCAUCAAAGACAUUGGCCAAUAAACUUAACAUGAUUGUCGACUCAGGCUCAACUCUUGGAGAUGUACCUCGAGAUAUUUUUGACCGAGUGGUAACUCAGUUGAAUAUGACGCUUGAUCCAGAAUUAGAGCCAAGGCACAUACAUCACAAGCUGCCUCAUACCAACAGUUCUAGCUGGCACGAGCUGCCAAGCAAAUGA